GCAAUGGUUGAUGGUUGAAAGAUCACUUUCAUUCAAAAUCGUUCAUUCAUCUUCCUUGAAAAGUUGUAUUCGCAUGGUGUUAAACUUGCAUUGUGAGUUCUAAAGUGGUUUUAUUGUUAGUGUGAUGCAGUGAUAUUGUGUGAUAAUGUCUGGAUCCGACAAAAAGAGGUCUAGAAAGUCUAAAUUGAUACCGCGGUCGGAGAACGACGACGAUAUUAAAUUGCAGGAUGAUCGUCAGGAAAAGAGAGCAGAAUUAAACAAAAGAAUGUCUCCAGACAGAAAUCAACCAUCGACAUCGACAUACAGGCCGAUGCAGUUCGACGUAAAAAUUGAAGUUGAAGAAUGUGAUGAUGAGGAAUUCUCUGGCACCAUAACAAACUUUAUUCCGGAUGACCAAAUCAAAACUGAAAUUACGAAUGAAAAUGACUUAUUUGAAGCAGAAGAACUCAAAACUGAAAUUAUCAAUGAAAAUGACUUAUUUGAAGCAGAAGAACUCGAUAUCAACAUGCUUUUAUCGCGAGCACUGAAAAUGAAAAAAGAUAAAACGACUGGCAAUAAAGAUAUUAAUAACGUGUUAUCUAUUAUAAACGAUCAUAAAUAUACAAAUGAAGAUGAAGCCCCCAAAACGAGCCGAAUUCAAAAACCAACGUCGAUCUACCAUUUGCAUUUGGAAGAGGAUUAUAUUCUGGAGGCUAUAGAUGAGCUGAGUAAAGAGGAUUUGUCUCCGGCAGACAAAAUAUUAGCAGUCGAAUCAAAGAAUCUGUGGGGUCGACUGAGGAUGGUGGAUGACACACCAUCGAAGCAAGAAGCAAGAAUCCAAAUAGCGCUGAACUCUUGGAAGUACUGGAAAGUUACGUGUAAGGGUGGAUACCUCCCAAAGAUGUACAAAUGUUACAUUUGCGAGAAAGCUUGGUGGCAUCUCGGACCGUUCCAAGAUCACAUGAACAUGCACGAUGAUAAGGAAUUGAGAGUUGAGACUGAAUCACAGGGUUUGGAGUACAACAUCAUUGCGUACAAUCCAAAAGCGCCGCACGCUUUCAAAAGUUUCGAAACUGAUACACACUGCUGGAAAUGUGGUUACACGUACAACGAACAUCCGACCGACGAGACCAAGAACUACCCGUGCACCCACUGCGGUUUGUCAUUUGGGACGUGCAUAAAAUUGAAAAGACACGAAUGUGAUUGUCUUCCAAAGCUCAAGAUCCUAGUAAAAAAUGGUCCCAUAGUGGUGUACUCGUGUAAAAUAUGUGACUUGAAAGUAUUGUCCAAAGAUUCCUUAGAGAGACAUUACAUGGACUACCACGACGUCAGGUCGGACUUGCCGACGACGGUCGAUGUUAGGACUUGCACGACUUGCUCUAAGAAUUACAUGGCGCUUCCGUUUCAUUAUUGCAACAAGAAAAAUUACAGCGUCAUGUGCACUUUCUGCAAUAAAAGGUUUCCAAGCAAGGUUGCGUUGACCAUCCAUUUGAAGGAGAAAGACGAUUAUCCGUGCACUGUGUGUAAGAUGGUGCUUCGCAAGAAAUGCCAGGAGGCGGAGCAUAUGCUUCAACACACAGACAAGUUCACAAGGCUGUUUAAAUGUUUGUCGUGUAAAGAGAACGUGAUGUUGUUCAACGAAGACUCUACACGGAGACACAAAAUAAUCUGGCACAAGCAGAAAAUCGACAAGAGGCGUAACUAUUUCGAAAUGGUGUUGGCACCCCGGAAGUUCAUUGAGGCGCAAACGGUUGAGGAGUUGGACGCAUCCUGUGGCAUCAAGAGGAACUUGGUCAAAAUGAACGACAGCGACUUCCAGAUGAGUAUGAAAGAAGAUGACCCGGUGACGGAAAGACUUAGAAAUACAGCUACUUUGGCAUCAGCUGUCGAAGUCGAAAUCCAAGCUUUGGACUCAGAAAUCGAUAUAAUCGAUCCAGACAAGCCGUCCACUUCAGCCCUCGACGAAGAAGAAUUCGAAGAUAUCAACGAGAGCAUAGUAAAAGAAAAGAUGCUCGUAGAAAUGCAGAAGAAUAAUAGUUUCACAGAAGACGACGAGGGUUACGAAUAUAUUCUUUCAAGCGUCUUCAACGCAUCCGGCCAAAAACGCAACGUCAACCAAGUCGAUGACUUCGAAGAAAUGAUUAAUCGAGAACUAAAGAAGACGAAAAAGAACGAAACUGUAUCUGACACAACAUCUAAAGACGCACAGAACAACGCCAGUCCGAAAAAAGCAAAACCAAAGGCACCGAAUAUCGCAAAGAUAGUACCGAAGAAAGACAUUAUUGUACCGAAGAAAGACAUAAUAGUACCGAAGAAAGACAUAAUAGUACCGAAGAAAGACAUAAUAGUACCGAAGAAAGAGAUCAAGAAACCCGUGCCCGUACCCACACUACCCAUACUGGUCAACCCAGGCGAAAGUUUGUACCAUGGAAGAGUAAGGUGUAAUUUCACUGGGUGUGACCACAUAGCGGAGAACAGAAAAGAAUAUAGAGAGCACAAGCUCACACACAAAGCGAAAGUCAUGGGUUGUGGCUUAUGCAAAGGAUCCUUCAACUCCAUCAGGGCAUAUUUGACCCAUUUGUCUAACCACGGCUACAAGGAAUGGACGUGCCCAGAAUGUUUGCGGUCAUACACUACGUAUAGCAGUUUAGUUUCCCAUGUGAAGGGGAUGGCAUUAAGAUCGUUUUUCAAGAUCCAGUAUGUCGACAAAAAUCCCGACCCAAGUGGUCCGACGAAGUUGUGCGUUACUUACCAGUGCAAGCGAUGCAAGACCACCGUUUUAAAGGAGAAUAUUCUGGACCAUUGGGAGUUUCACAUCGGUUCUGCUCAGGUGAACGUGGAAAUUGAGGAGCAGGAAGGGGUGGUGGGCCUCCCUCAGUAUGAACAAGGGAACGGGGUUGUGGAAAAUAAAAUGGACUCGGAUGUCUUGAGACGGACCAUCGCGGCGCUCCUCAGCCACAAAAAGAAGGCUGCACACAACAAGACGUGCGUCGCUUGCGGGCGCUCCUUCGACCGCCGGAACGACUGCAAGAGACACCACAUCGAGCAUUUACUAGCGCACGCUUAUGAGAACAAGAUGAUUCACAAAGGAUUGCGCUGCCAAAUCUGUUCAAAGCUUUUCGAGAAACCCGAUAGCUACAAACAACAUAUGCGCGAUCAUGGCAACCUGCCCAUAUACCAGUGUGGGAUAUGCUUCAAAACCUUCAGCGAUUCCAGCAACCAUGUCAAGCACCAGAAAACUCAUGGGUCCAUGUACAUUUGUGAUAUAUGCAAGAAGAAGUUUCAAGCUAAGUCGUCGCUUAUCAAGCAUAUGGAGUGCCACUCAUCAACCGACCCGAUCAAGUGCAUUUUCUGCCCUAAAGUGUUUUACGCUGAGUCCGAUUUCUCGCGACACAUGCGGAUCACGCACGAUCAACGCUUGUUCAAGUAUUCGUGCAUCAUUUGCAAGAAGAAAUUCAUGUCGUGCAAGGACAAGUGGGAUCAUAUGUGGAUAGAGCACAAGGAAAGACGGGUGGUAGCAGACUGCCCAGUUUGCGGUGCGGAAUUUCGCAAAGUGAACGACAUGAAACGACAUAUGAAAGCGCAUCACGAAUUAGAUAUUACAGUCGGCAAUAUGAAAGUUUUCCAGCAAUUACUACAUAAAAUGCAGGAAGCUGUCUCGAAGAAGAAGAAAAACCAAACAAAUGUGGAGUUUCAUGACGAAAUCGUGAUCAAAACGGAACGUUUGUCCGAUACUGAAACUGAACUGAAUGAAUGAAGCGGAACUGGUCGUCGGACCAGAUGAUGAUAAGGUUACCAUCAAUAAAAGCAUUGUGGAGUGAUGUUGGAACUCUUAAGUAAGUUCUCCUAUAGUGGUAGACAUUGAGUCUUAACGCUAAAAUAAUACAGGGUGUUGAUUUCAAUCCUCGCCAUAUUUAUUUAGGUGAUCUAUUAUGACCUACAUAAACUCAUUAUCCACAAAAAAAAAUUACAAACGAAAGUGGAAUUUUUAGCGAAUAUUUUCCGUGCAACAUCAACUGUACUGUGGCUCGUAAUACUGCAAUACGCUUACACUGCUGCUCCAUCGAGCUACGCGGAUCGCUCGCUUAUCAUGUUGGAUAACCUCCUGAAGGAAGCCACUUAAACACACACUACCUACAGUGUAAAAGGUAUUUUUCUUUGACUACCUAAAGUUAAAGUUCGUUUUAAAUUUUUUUUUGAAGUCAAUUUUUUUACGGAUUCGUGAUCAGAAUAAGCUACUUAAUCAACUCCCUGAAUAUGGCGAGGAUUGAAAUCAACACCCUGUAUAUUGUUAAAAUUCACACUGAAAUGUGAAAUAAAAUCAUUGCCUGUGCUAUUUGACUCUAACUGCAAUAAUGUUGUUUUCAUGGACAUGAAAUGAAAUUUUACCUAGAAUAAUUGUUUACUUGAUGUAUUCCAAAUAAUUUUACUGAUAUUGUACAUACUAGAUUUCUAACUUCUUUCUGUUAUGUAUUUUGGUAUUCAUUGUUUUACCAGUAGAAUAUUAUUAUUUGUAUGAGUGUGCCUGUAUGGUCAGCUGGGAAUAACUCAUUCUAAGGCUGGAUUGCACCAUUUUACUUUAACAAUAACCGUUGUUUUUUUGUAUGGAAUUUGACAGAUUUUUGUCGUUUGUAAAAAUCAAAGUAAGAUGGUGCGACAUUUGUAAAUAUAUUAUAGUCUGGACUGCGAGCACGUAGAAUUUUGUCCCAUCCCAUACCUAUAUACCCAUCCUUAUUGCUCGCGCGUAAUUAUGUUGCUAUUGCGCUCGCACACUCACUGCGGGCGCCCGUCGCACAGUCGCGACAGCAAUAUAAUUACGCGCGAGCGAUAAGGAUGGGUAGCUUGGGGUCAUUGGACAAAAUUCUACGUGCUCGCAGACCGGGCUUUAUGUAGAUAGAUAAAAAUUCAAUAUUGGCAGUGCCUAUUCUUGUAUAACUCAAUGUUAAUGUUUAAUAUUAUGUGAUGAUUAAGCGUGUACAGUCGGCGUCAAAUAGUUCGUGGCGCCCAAAGUAGCCAAAAAGUUCGCACGUCUUUUUUACAAUGAAAUAAUGUGUAUGUUGCGUUGUCAACUUUUUGGCCACUUUCGUUGUCACGAACUAUUUGAGGCUGACUGUACUAUAAUAUUCUAUCCAAAGACUCAAGUAAUAUUACCUAUUUCAAGCGACAAUAUACAAACAGACGAAAGAAAUGCAUAAUAAUUAAUGUGCAACGAAACAAAGCA